CCCAUAUAAAACGCGAGGAUUUUCACAUUUCUAUAAUCGCUUUAGUUCCCUCUGGCAAAUCAACGGUACACAAUGAUUUCAAAACUUCUUGCCAUCUUUACUCUUGGGUGCGGUUUCUAUUUCCAAGCUUCCACUGCCGCUGAAUGUGACGUGGGAUGGACCCCUUACAACUCGGAUGUUUGCGUUAAAGUCUUCCAAACCUCCUUGAUGAACUACUCCGCGGCACAGGCAUUUUGCGACAGUCAAGCCUCCCAAUCCGUCCAACCGAGACCGAGUUUACCCAUCGUGCUGACCGCGGACUACCAAAACUUCCUCGCCAACUUGUUCUUCGCCGAGGCAUUUGACGACAUCUGGCUCGGUGCCAGAUUUGACGAGCCUACAUCCAGUUUCAUCUGGAGCGAUGGGAAUAUCCUUGAGUACACAAAUUGGGCAGACGGCUACCCACGGACGAUUAAUGAUUCUGAUCGUUGUAUGAAUAUCAGACCUCCAAACGCUAAAUCUCCGGCAUUAUGGGCUGACGCAUCUUGCCAAAGAAGUCACGUCGUUGCUUGUCAACGUCAACCUAGUAUGACGUUGGACGAAGUGAUUACGGAACUCAUCAAGUUACGGAAAGAGUCCUUUCCGAUUGGAUUCAUUUAUGUGGAAUAUCCCUUUAACCAGCCUCCAAACAUUUUAUGGCCAACGAUGACUUGGCGCGAUGUUACGAACAACUAUGCUGGCAGCUUUUUUCGAGCCCAGGGAGGAAAUGCUGCUGCAUGGGGUGCGCUUCAGGGUGCCUGUGCCCCCCGAAUAACACAUGUUAGGUUUGGGGGCGAAGCGCCAGAUUUAAAUGAGCUUCCAGAAAACGGAUGGUCCACCGGUGUAAAAACGGAUGACUGGAGCAGUGGAUGGGACCACUACAUCCGGGGACAAAGUUUUCACACAGCUGGGUGUGAAGUUAGGCCACAAAAUUUUGCCAUCCGAGUGUGGCAAAGGGUGGCUUAAUUACAGUUAUCCAAAAGCUUAGCCGUGACGAAUUGUAAUAACUGGAAAUUCUAAUAAAAUGCAACUACCUAUGUAUAACUUA